AUGGCGACAACGACAACGCUGAGGGUGGGAGUUGUCCAGUUUGCGCCCAGGAUCGGCAAGGUUCAAGCCAACAUUGCCAAGGCUCGCGAGUUGUGCAAAGGAUUGACACCUCGAUGUGUGGACCUUUUGUGCUUCCCCGAGAUGAUCUUCACAGGUUACGUGUUCCCCGAUGCUGCUUCAAUAUCCCCCUAUCUAGAACACCCGAGGACGGGUCCCACUUCUACUUUCUGCGCUGAGUUGGCGCGCCGCCUCGAAUGCUAUGUCACAGCUGGAUUCCCUGAACAUUCAGAGCACGACUCCAACUCCUUAGCCGCACCAUUACCACUGCCACUACCAUCACCAGCCACAACGGCGCCUCCGACCUCGACUCCCACCAGUUCUCCACACAAUCACACUGGCCCUAUCGGCUUCAACAGCGCUGUCCUAUACAGCCCUACUGGUGAACCUCUCACUCUAUACCGCAAGUCCAACCUGUUCGAGACCGAUCUGAGCUGGGCAGCUCCCGGAAGCGGGUUUACCGUGCUUGAUCUCCCACCCCCACUGGGGAAGACGACCAUUGCCAUAUGCAACGAUUUAAACGUGCAUAAUUCUGCGGUAUGGAACUCUCUCGAGGAUGGACCGUAUGAACUUGCUAGACAUUGUGUGCGGGAGGAAACGAGGUUACUCGUGCUGCUGAAUGCGUGGUUGAAAGCUCGCAAUGAAGAUGAUGAAGGUGGAGAUGAGGGAGAAGCGAAGAGGACGGAGGAAGGAGAAGAUAAUGGUGACGAUGAUGUCGAGCUAGAGCCGAAUUGGGAAACCCUCAACUGGUGGGCGCAGCGUCUCCGUCCGACGUGGGCACACCACCACCCUACUAUUACAGAGAAAGAGAACGGGGAUCAGCGGACAGAGCCUCAAAUCAAUGGAUCUUCAAUAGAGCCCAAAGAUCUAGUGGUUGUUGCGUGCAAUCGUUUCGGUGACGAAGGGGGGAAGACAUUCGUGGGGUCAUCUGCGAUGUUGAUGAUGCGCCGAGGCUCGGGAAGACCCAGGCUCCUCCAUGCAAUGGGUGAAAGAGAGGAGGGUAUCGGGAUUUGGACUGUACCCGUUAGACUUUAA